AUGGUGGUGGUGGUGGGGAGCUCCGGCAACAACGAGCUGCAGGAGGCCGGCCUUGGAGCGUCGGUGCUCGAGGCGAGGAGCAGGAGACGGCGCAGACGAAGUCGUGGGGGCGCGGGGACCUGCUCCGUUGAGGCAGAAGGAGGCCGGGGCAGGAGCGGCGUGGUUUCCCCCACUCCUUUUCCAUUACCAACUUAUUCCAAUCCUGGCUCCGCCACUAGCUCCACGGAUGGGCGCCGUCGCGGGAGCUCUGCGGAAGACGGCGACGGACGGCUCCGGGGACGGAGGAAGAGGAGCAGAAGUGCCGCAUCUGCCGCCACCCCGCCGAGCCAGAGCGCCCCCUGCGCCUGCCGUGGCAACAACCGCUUCGUCCAUGAUGACUAUCAGCUCCGGUGGCUCUCCACCACCCGCCAGCGCCGCUGUGAGGUGUGCGGACAGGAGAUCUCCAUCCGCCCCAUCCACGGUGUGGGUGCCUCGGCCCUGGCAAAGCUUGCGAGUCUCAUCGUAUCACUGUUGUGCCUCAUCCUGACAGUCAAGGUUGCCUUGGAGCUCACCAGCCUGUACCUAUGGCGCCUCGCGCUCGCCAGGAGCCGCGCCGAGGCCUUCCGUCUGCUCUCCGCCCGCCCCUUUGAACCCCCCGUCCUUGCUCAACUGGCGCUCCGGGCUGAACGCGUGUUUCACGCAAAGUACGGGGGACGUCGGAGCCGCUGCCAGGUCGCCGUGCUGCGCCUCCUUCAGUUUUCCGUGGCGGUAACAAUGGUUGACAUGGUUCUGGCCUGUACAUCUGCAUUUAUCCCUUUCACACUUGGAAGGAUAAUCCUAUUGCGCACAGGUGAAUUCGACUCCUUUGCUGCAACAUCCUCGGUCCUCCUAGUCGGAUACGGGUUUAUCUUCUCGCUGGCGCUGGGUGCCACUUUCGCUUGGCUUCUUCAUACUACUGGGGGCGUCUUCCCGAGACUCGCCAGGGGCUUCCGCGCGCUCUGCCGUCUACCGGAGCUGGCCUGGGACUUCUGCGUCUAUGACCUUGAUAAGUAUGUUGUGGAUGAGCCUAUUGUCAUUGGGCAGAGGUUGGAAGACGUCGGCGACGGUAGGUGAAGGCGGGGAACUCUGUUUCCAGUAGUUGGUAGGAACAGGGAUCUGGUGAUAUAUACAGUAUAUAUAUAUAGCAUGGUUAUAUAGGCCACGUUAUUGAGAUGAUUCUAGGCAUAUACAUUUCUGGUGAAACUUGUAGAUGUGGAUGCAGUUUCCCAUGUGGAAGUUACCGUGGGUCAUAUCGGUCGGUCAGUUCGACAGCUUCUUUCCUUUUUUGUUGAACUGAACUGUUCGUAAAUUUCUGCCCCUUUUUACUGUGGACCACUGGCAGGAUAGGCUGAGGAGAAACGAGAUGAUGCUGGUUGCCUUUCUUAAUUUUUGCAAUUCCUUUCAGUUUCACUGGAUGGUUUUUGGUGCAUGCCAGAUAUGCUUUGUCCCUGUCAAAAGGCAUGUAUAUACUUGUUUGUUUUGGCAGAGUAGCCACUAAAUGCUUCAGGCAAUCAGCUUAGAGUUUCUCGCGAGUUUGGGGAAGUUUAUCUUGGAGCCUGUUUUGCCAAGAUGUCGGCAAUCAGCUUAGAAUUUCUCGGGAGUUUGGGGAAGUUUAUCUUGGAGCCUGUUUUGCCAAGAUGUCACAAAUUCAGCACGGAAAUUUGUUUUUUAUAUGCGGUUCUGUUAUCACUCAGAUAUGUUGGGAUUGUGAGCAAAGUGUACCCUACACAAUUUUUGGCUGACCAAAAAAGCAGUGCUUGUUCGGAUGACCCUACACAACAUGGCAUCCUGCAAACUAAAGACCCAAACGAGCGAAUUGUGCGUCGUAGGAGUCGCUCGGUUGUAUAACUAAGUGCCUCUUCGG